GCAGGAAAACUGGCAAGGGGAACGGCAGGAGAAUGUUUGGCACAGGCUGAGCUGAUAGCAUGUCACAGCACGGUAUGCCUGUUUUGAAAAAAAGCAAAGCAAUCAGCCUAUUUGCAGGCCUUAUGCAGAGAAAACUAAGCAAGUCCGGGCAAUGGCUGCAUAUUUCAAAGAGAUUCAUCAUCACAACAGCAUGUACUCGGCUUGUCUCUGGGUAUUCAUCCUACGAGAGACGUCCACGCUGCUGCCUCUUCCACACUUUACUACAACAGCCAACUGCAAAGGUUACGCUGACUGUACUGCUGUAAGAUCAUGGAAGAAAGAUGGCUCCAAGACGAGAUGGGUAGAUUACCUCAUAUAGGAAUGGUCCACCAUGUCGGCUCAAGAAGAGGAAGCAGCAAUUCCAACACAAUAGCCCCAGAUUUCCAGUCAGAUCAGCAACCAGGUGCGCUCCCUCCUUACUACGGUCUAUGUGUCCAGUUUGAGGAAAGUGGCUACCUGUAUCAGGACUGUCCAGUGUACAUUGACAACAAUGACCAGCCCACUGUGAUAACUGAAGCUGGAAACUCUGCAAGAGAACAAACUGAAGAACAAAGGUCCAACUUCCUACCUCAAAACUUUCUCAGGAUAUCAGAGGUGGAAAUGCGAGGUUCUGAAGAUGUGACUUCAGGAACUGUACUUCAUAGACUGAUCCAAGAACAGCUAAGAUAUGGCAACCCCAAUGAGAAUAUGAACCUCCUUGCUAUUCAGCACCAGGCAACAGGCACUACAGGACCAACCAACGUGACCACCAGCUCUGUUUCCUCUACAGAGAACCUCACUCAAGAAGACCCACAAAUGGUCAGCCAGUCAGCCCGGCAAGAACCACAGGGGCAAGAACAUCAGGUGGACAACACCGUGAUGGAAAAAACCCUGAGGAACUCUCAGUCCCAGCACAACAACGAGGAGCUUCCUACCUACGAGGAGGCCAAGGCUCAAUCGCAGUUCUUUAGAGGCCAACCAGGACCUAUGGGACCCGGAUUUUAUGUCGCUGGUGUGGUGGCUAACCACAAAACUAAAACGGAGGGCCGGGCAACUGUAAGCCGGGCCAACAGUGGACAGGCUCAUCAAGAUGAAGCACUUAAAGAACUCAAACAAGGUCAUGUGCGCUCUCUAAGUGAGCGAAUAAUGAUGUCACUUGAAAGGAACGGAGUCAAACAGCACUCCUCUACUUCUGGUAGUAUUAAAGGUUUAAAAAAUGGUGUCCCUUCUCCAGUCCCAAUAUUAGGAAAGGAAAUGGAACAGAGGGGUCCCCCACCAGACUAUCCUCACAAAAUCAAACAGGCUCCAACUCCUGUGAAUAAAAUGCAGGAGCAGGGACAUUUUUAUAAUGAACACCAUCACCCAAUGGUGCAUGAAAUGGUGAAGACCUAUCCAAGCUCCCAACCAGCUAGGACUGAAGUUUCUAUUCUACGUUACCAGCCUCCCCCAGAAUAUAACAUCACCAGCCGGCAGCAGCCUCCUCAGCUCUCAUUCCCACGCUGCCCGCUGCAGCACACAGGCCCCAUGUCCUCCCAAAGCAGCCUCCAUCAGUAGCUCUUGUUGCACUCAACAUCUCUUGCCAUUAUGAUCCCGAUGGGAAUGACAUCCCACCAACCAACACCAUCGCCAUGCCCAUCACCCAUCCAGCCACUGCCGCCAGAGGCUUUCACCAUUGUGGAACGGGCACACCAGAUGGUGGAGAUCUUAACCAAGGAGAAUGGAACCUUGAGACAGCAGCUGGAGAUCUGCUAUGAAAAAGCAGACAAACUUCAAAAGUUUGAAACAGAAAUCUAUAAGAUUUCAGAAGCCUAUGAGAGUUUGGUGAAGUCUUCCACAAAGAGGGAGACAUUGGACAAAGCCAUGAAGAACAAACUGGAAGCUGAAAUCCGACGCUUGCAUGACUUCAAUCUGGAUCUGAGAGAUCGCCUGGAAACUGCCAACAGGCAGCUGGCCAACAGAGAGUAUAAUGGACACGAGGAGACAUCGGAAGAGGGCCACUACACAUUGAAAAACAAAGAGCACUUGAAGGAGAUGGAGAGCCUGGAGCGCGAGCUGGCAGCACUGCGCACUACCAAUGAGGAUCAGAGGAGGCACAUUGAAAUCUUAGAGCAGGCUCUGAGUAAUGCCCAGGCCAAAGUCAUCAAACUGGAAGAAGAGCUGCGUAAAAAGCAGGUGUACGUGGAGGAGGUGGAGAAGCUGCAGCAAGCUCUGACCCAGCUCCAGGCAGCGGGAGAGAAGAGAGAGCAUCUAGAGAGGCGGCUACGGACCAGGCUGGAGAAAGAGCUGGAGUGUCUGAGAAUGCAGCAGCGACAUGCGAGCUGUCAGAUUUCCAGCAAUGGAGAGUACAGUGCCCCUGCGCUCAUGGACUUGCUAAGGAAAAAGGAAGAGACGAUUUUGGCUCUAGAAGCGGAUACCACCAAAUGGGAACAGAAGUACUUGGAAGAGAGCGCCAUGAGGCAUUUCACCAUGGACGCCGCCACCACAGCCAUAACGCAGCAAGAUUCAUCUAUUAGGAGUCACUCAAGGCAUGGAAGCCACAAUGACAGCUCACUGGAGGUCCGGAUGUGGCAUGAAGAAGAGGAGAUUGUUCAGGCUAAUCGAAAGUUUCAGGACAUGGAGCACACGAUCAAAAAUCUUCAUGCAAAGAUCAUCGAGCAGGAUGCCAUGAUAAAAGUUCUACAUCAGCGUUCCCGAAAAGAUCAUGGGAAGAAUGACAGUUCCAACCUACGUCCUGCCCGAUCUGUGCCUUCCAUUGCAGCUGUGGCUGCGGUCACCGGCGGUACCCAUUCACGGCAGACGUCCCUGUCCAGCAACCAGGCUAUAGAGGAGAAGAAGGAGGACAAGGCGCGCAAAGGCAGUAUAGGUUUGCUUCAGGGAAAAGACAGCAAUCGUGAAAGCCCCUCCCCUUCCUUAAUGCUUCCUCCACCCUCUUUCUUGUUGCCCCCACCCACUGCAUCUCCACCGGUCACUGUGUCACAUGCCAAAACCGGGAGCAAAGACAACUGCACACAGACGGACAAGAGCUCCGAUCUAUUCUGGCCCACCUGCUCCUCCUUACCCGGCAGAGGACGGAUGAAUACCACCCCUUCCAGUAGUCCCCUUCUACGUCACACCGCCAAUAAAGAGAAGUCAGAUCAUUCCCCCAUUCUCGGAAAAACUCUGGAAGCCAAAUUUAGAGCAAGCAGCAUGGCACACAAGGCAGACUUUUCAGAACCAGAUAACGCCAUGGAAGUGCUUAUUUAGUAGAUGGGCUCAGACAAUCUUUCUACAAUGGCUCCUGGGCCACUUGGGACUAGAGCACACAAGAAUAAAGAUGAUGCUGAAUAUUAACGGGCAUGAGUACCGAGAGGAGAAGGUAUUUGAUGUCACCAGCUUACAGCUUGGAACCAUCAUUCAGCAAAAGUAUGAGGCCUGCUUUGGAGGUGUACAUUGAAGACUUGCUGUAUGGUAGCCAUUAAGCACAGGAUGAUGAUGUCCCAUUGUACAUAUCUGGGUUGCAUGAGACCAUUCGACAUUUGAGCAAUCACAAGUCUCAGCAUGCCACGCAAGACUAUGGAUAACCUGCAUGGCUUUUUCGAUUUCACCGCAUGAGAAAACAUUUCAAAUCUGCUGUGAAUGACCAUGAUCUGUUGAGUCUUAAAAUUUUCAGCAACAAAGAAACAUUUCUUGUAAAUAGUACUCAGCUUCCUUCUACUUCUUGGCCAGUCUGGUGACUUUAACCCGUGCUGUGCAUUUCUGGGUGCCGAUGUGCUUCAGCGCCCCCCUGGCUUUACUGUCAGACCCACACUAGGCAGGGGCAUUAGGACAGUGGUAUUUAAAUACUCUAAAGAGAGAUUAAUUUCUCUCUGAGUUCACUGCAAAAAUUUAAAGGUUACCCCAAAAUUUUGCAUUUCUGCAGAAUACGUUGGAGUCAAUGGGGCAAGUGAAGUUUGGUUUUUGGUGGUUUUUAAGAGUGUAAAUGGCUUUAUAUGGCUCCCAAGGGUUCGCAAAAACUACUUGCAAGUAUCCUGGGCCUGUUCUUGUGCCAAAAAAGAUAGCUAAAAAAAAGCAAUAAAUGAAAAUAGCAGUAAAAAAUGACAAUCAUAACAAAAAACAAAACAAAACAGAGAAGCACAAAUACAAUGAAUAAUGAAUGAAAUAAUAUAUUAAACAAUCAUAAUUUUUCUUGUGAAAAAAAACAAUCAUAAUUAAUUUCUAUAAAAACCCACAUCCUUAAAUAAAUAAGAAAAAUAUAAUUUUAUUUGUACAGCAUGCAGGCUCUAUGCCAGUCGUUCUCAACCUGGGGGUCGAAUGACAAUUUGCCAGGGGUCACCGAAUCCUGAGCUGUUCCUGAAUUUCGCACUGCUCUCCCAGCCUUUUCAUGGCUACCCAGCAGGGUUGUCCCUGGAGCUUGCGGUGGUCCACUCAGCCUCUUCGCAGCCACCCAUUCAGUUCACGGUGUGACUGGGGGGCAGAGACUAGAUGACCCUAUUU